AUGGAAUUUUUGACAGUCCCCCCAACCCCUCCGGGGCCUCCAGUUAUGGACUUGGAGGAGCCCGGGAACACUCUUGGAUCAUCUCAGAACCUCACACCUGUCUGCCAGUGGGACCUGGUGCCCGGAGCCCCCAGCGGCCUCAAUAGGAUGGAUUUUGAUGGGCCAAGGAUUCAGGACCUGGUGCAACAAUUUGAGGCGCUGCCAGGUGAUCUGGAGGAUCUGUCUUCAGAGGGACCCCCCUGCCCGCUGCACAUCGCCACGGGCCAUGGCCUGCCCCCCCGGGACAUCGCCGAUGCCCAUGGGCUCCUGUCUGCUGAGGCUGGACGGGAUGACUUGCUUAGCCUCUUGAACUGUGACGAGUGCCUGCCUUCCCAGCCACGUCCCGAGGAGUCCCCAGAGCCUGCCCCUCGCCUGCUGCAGCCCCCGGAGGACCCCGAUGAGGACACCAGCCUCCCGGAAUGGGCAGAGGGAGCCUCUGCCGGGCAGGAUGGAAGCAGGAGUUCAGGCAGCUCUCCGGAGCCCUGGGCGGAGACCGUGCCUCUAGUCAGGCCUGAGGAGCGACCUGCCAGUGCCCAGAGCCCUGAGACCUUGGCUUCCAACCCUGCCCUCCAGGAGGUACCUGGUCCCUGUGACCACGAAGACCUCCUAGAUGGUGUCAUAUUUGGGGCCAAGUACUUGGGGUCUACCCAGCUGCUGUCAGAGCGGAACCCGCCCCCCAGCACACGCAUGGCCCAGGCCCAGGAGGCAAUGGACCGCGUCAAGGCCCCCGCCGGGGAGACGCAGCCCAUGACAGAGGUAGACCUCUUCGUCUCCACCAAGCGGAUCAAGGUUCUGACAGCCGACUCCCAGGAGGCCAUGAUGGACCACGCCCUGCAGACCAUCUCCUACAUUGCCGACAUUGGCAGUGUGCUGGUACUUAUGGCCCGGCGGCGGCUGGCCCGGCGGCCAGCACCCCACGACCGCAACCACCGGCUCUACAAGAUGAUUUGCCAUGUCUUCCACUCAGAGGACGCCCAACUCAUUGCACAGGCCAUCGGCCAGGCCUUCGCCGUGGCCUACAGCCAGUUUCUACAGGAGAGCGGCCUCGAUCCCAGCCAGGUGGCCACCCGACAGAGCCAGGGGCCCACAGGGCCUGGCCACCUGCACAACGGGGACCUUGACCAUUUCUCCAACAGUGAGAACUGCCGGGAGGUAUGCAUCAAGAAGCACCCUGGCGAGGGCCUGGGUGUGGCCCUGGUGGAGUCAGGUUGGGGCUCCCUCCUGCCCACAGCCGUCAUUGCCAACCUGCAGCACGGGGGCCCUGCUGAGCGCUCAGGGGCCCUCAGCAUUGGGGACCGCCUCACCGCCAUCAAUGGGGCCAGCCUGGUGGGGCUGCCCCUGACCGCCUGCCAGGCUGCCAUCCGUGAGGUGAAGCCACAGGCAUCCGUGACCCUCAGCAUCGUCCACUGUCCCCCCGUCACUACUGCCAUCAUCCGCCGGCCCCACGCCCGCGAGCAGCUGGGCUUCUGCGUGGAGAACGGCAUUAUCUGCAGCCUCAUCCGUGGCGGCAUCGCCGAGCGUGGGGGCGUUCGUGUGGGACACCGCAUCAUUGAGAUCAACGGGCAGAGUGUGGUGGCCACGCCACAUGCCCGCAUCAUAGAGCUGCUCACCGAGGCCCACAAUGAGGUCCACAUCAAGACGAUGCCGGCCGCCACCUACCGCCUGCUCACUGGCCAGGAGCAGCCUGUGUACCUGUGA